CAAAACCCGCGAUUUUAGAAACCGCCGGAGAGAGGUCGUUCGCCGCCAUGAAAUCAGCAAGAGCUACGGUGGCUAAAGACGACGUUGGAAGAGAAGGCGAUAAAUUCGCGUUGGGGAAGGUAUACGCUGUCAAGUUGACCACUGGAGACGAGUUCAAUGGAAUCGUCUUGGCAUAUGAUUCUGUUCCCAACUUCGCCAUGUUCGAAGAAGGAACGAAGCCUAAACCUCUCGAAUCGAAGACCUUACGGAUGGUGAAUGCGAAUUACAUAACCGAGCUGAAGGAUCUGGGGAGAGUUAAGGAUCCGCUAGCUAAGAAACCUUUGGCUAAUCUUGAUGAACUCAUAAAGAAAGAAGUUAAUGGCAUUAGAGAUGUCGAGAAAUUUGGUGUUGGUGUUACCGCAGAGGCGCAGAUGAUCUUUGACGCGAUUUCUAAGACGCUUCCUGCACGUUGGGAUAACAAAAACAUUCUGGUAAUAAACGAAGUGUUGGUUCGUAGCCCUUAUGAUUCUUAUUCUGUCUUUGGAGGAACCCGUACUGCCAAUGAUCGAGUAAAGACUGUGCUGAAGCAGGAGAGAAAGAGGUUGCAACUCGGUGACACAUGAGGGCUGUUGAAGGAUUUGUUCAAUGAAACACAGUAAAAAGAGUAAGUCGCUACUAUCCCGAGAAGUACCUAGACCCGAUGCUAUGUGUAAAUUCGAUUCGCUUCAGGGUAAGAAGAUUAGAGAUUUUUCUUGUUGCAGAGAUUGAAUUGUGGUGUUGACAAGAACACAGAGUGUGUCAGUGUUUUCCUCUAUAUAUCAAAUCUGAACCAAAACAAUACAUGUUUAGGGACGUACAUACUGAUAAAAAGGUCAACAUUUACAUUUUCUUUUGUUUAAACUCAUCUGAAACUUAAGGCUGUAAUGGAAUUUGGAUGGGUUGAACUA